AUGGUUCAUAAAAAUGAUAAAUAUACAAGUCACUUCAAGCACAACUUACUUCAAGAAUAUCGUCCUGGAAUUUUCGGCUAUGGGUUUAAAGCAUUAGCUAAACGUUUUAAGGUCAAAGGUGGUCAUAAACUUAUUAUGAGAUGGUAUAGUCAAUGGGAUGGUACUGUUGAAUCAUUAAAUCAGAAAACAAAAGGUCAUCGACAACGUACAAUGUCACCACAAGAAGUUAAACAUCAUAUUUUAGAAUUUGUUGAAUCAAUGAACGAUCAACGUUUACCAGUUAAUUACCGUAUGGUUCAAGCACAUGUUAAAUCUGCACUCAAUCGAACAGUACCAAUAUGUACAAUAAAACGAUAUGGAAAAGAAUCUGGAAUAAAAUGGAAAUCAACUCGUGAAAUAACAUUACGUGAUGAUGAUAAUGAUUUCUGGAAUAGCAUUAUUCAAUUUCGUAAAAAUUUACAACGUAUUGAUAAAAAUCGUUUAAUAUUUAUUGAUGAAACAGCUAUGUAUUCCACUAUGGCUCCUAAUAAAACUCUUGUUGCUCCAGGUGAACAACCAUUAAUUCGAGUUACAAAACCAUCAUCAUAUGCCAAAAGAUAUGAUUUUAUUGGUGCUGUCAAUGGUUCUCAACCAAUUGCCUGUAUGACAGUAACUCCUGAAGAUCGUAAAACUUAUCAAGUUAAAGGACUUACACAAAUGGUGAUAAAUCAGUGGAUUACUGAUACAUUAGCACCAGCAAUUAAUCAAUUACACAUCGAUAAUGUUUACUUGAUUUGUGACAAAAGUAGUGCUCACAAUGAUGAAGAUAUGAUGCAUGCAUUACGAGCAGGUAAAUGUAGAUCUGUAAAAAAAAUUUUAUACAUGCCAACGGCUUCAGCAAAAUAUCUUUCACCAUUGGAUAAUCCACUGUGGCACAAUUUCAAAGAAGUUAUUCGAGCUGAACAUCCAUUAUCUAUAACUGAUAUACCUUCAGUAUUCUCAGAAACUUUCUAUUCGUUCUCUAAAAAAACGAUUAAAAAUGCUUAUCGUAAGUGUGGCUUGAUGCCUGGAACAGAUGAAUAUUAUGAUAGACCUUAA